GCAAAAGUUUUUUUAGUGCUUAGUGUAUUUUAAACCAUUUCUUCCGGUCAUUGCUAGUGGAAUAUUAUUCAUGGUUUAGCGCACGACAAAAUGCAGCAAAAGUUUGCUUCCAAUUGCAUCCGGCAAACUUAUCGCUGAUUUCAGAAACGAGCGUUAUUUUCGCGGCGUCUUUAGAAGCUUGUACACUUUGCGGCGGUAUAAACAAAAUCGAAUUCGAAGAAAUGGAUCAAUAUCCCUACAGCAUCCCGCCAACCUACCAACCAUAUUCGGAUGAGGUAGCGAACAAACCGGGCCCUGAUGCGCAAGUUUCUUCAGCUGCCGAUACGUACUAUGUUAAUACCGGUUCUGCUGUGGCUGGAUUUGGGUUUGUUCCGCCCAUACCACAGCAACAACAACAACAACAGGAAAACUUACCUCCAGUGCAAGCCAAUGGAUUAAUGCCUUCAAUACAGACCGGCAGCGGCCCUGCUGGUUAUGAACUCUACCCAAAUCAGCAGUUUGCCACAGUGCCGGAACCUAUUCCGGUAAAUUCAUCCAUAGUUCCAAUGGAAACAUCCGUUGAUCCAGUGACGAUUCCGCAAAUGAUACCGGUCAGAGCACCUGACUAUGAACAACCGAAUUACAUCCGUGAAGCGAAUGAUAGCGGUCAGCUCAUGGGCUACCAGGCAAUUCCCGUGCCAGAAACACAACCGGAACAAGUGAUGCAAACGACGCUGGAACCGGCGCCACAGGCAUACGACGAAAUUCAACUAGGAAUGGAAAAGACGGCCUCCAAUCUUCCGAAUGAUGAACCAAUUACUGCUGCAGGCACAAACGAGGAGGUGACAGCUUCCCAGGAACAGUUAACAGAAGUGUCACCAUCGGCAGAACCAACAACAGACCACACCGAAUCAAUGGAAACCCCGAUCCCAGAAGCUCUACCGUGCGUAGAAACUGCUCAACCAGACCACACCGAAUCAACGGAAACCCCGAUCCCAGAAGUUCUACCGUGCGUAGAAACUGCUCAACCAGUUUCGAACGAUGGACCCGAGCAAAAUGAACCCCCAGCUUCGGUUGAAGAUGUGCAAAUGUCUGAGAAGGAUACGUCCGCUCCACUUACCAGUACCGAUGUCCCAUCAGACGCAGCAGAGACUCAACCCGAAGCUGCAAUGGAGAUCGAUUCUACUACGACCCCGGUAGCCUCUAGCAAACCCGUUGAAAUUCCGGAAGAUCAUAGCAGCAUAACGGCAAAGAAAAAACGCCGCCGAAUAGUCCAACUGAACGAUGAUGACGACAGUGAAGAAGAGGAUGGCCCCGACCGGCUGGAAUUGCUUCGUUCACCAGAGCCGCCAAAGGAUGAGGAAGAGCCGACCGGUACUGCUAAUGUUGGUCUGGAUGCUUGCACAGGCGAUGAAAAACCAAACGAUGACGAUGCUGCCGCUGCUGCUGCUGCCGGUAGUGAACGAGAAGACGACGAACGACCAGGAUCGGCUGAUUCUGGGGAAAAAAGAAGUGCUGUUUCGAUUUUUCAGAAUGUGGUAAUGAUUCCUGCUGGUGACUCGGAUGCUCACAAGAGGAAAAAAAUACGAGUGCUGGAGAGUGACGACGAGGAAGAGGAACAGCGGGUGACGGAGAGUGUCGACGAUAUAGGAUUAACCGGUGAUGGCGAUGGUGGUGACGAGUUAAACCGGGCUGGAGACCUGCUGAUUGAUGAAAAUGCAGAGCUUGGCGAUUACGGUGCGAUGGAAGGUAUCGAAAUGGACAAGAUGGAACAGAUUGUGACGAUGGAUGCACCGAUCAUUGAUCCCAGUAGGAUGAUUAACGAAGAUGAUGAUGAUGAUGAGGAUGAUGACGAGAACGAAAACGAUGCUGGUUCAGAAGGUGGUGAGAAGGAGAAGGAUGGCAGUGACCAGGAAGAAGAGGAAGCGGAAGGUAGUCAAGAUGAAGAGUUGGGUGAAGAGGAAGAAGUUGUGGAGGAGGGAGUUGAGAUGAUCACAGCUGAAGAUGAUGAUGGCGAAGCGAUUGGAAUAGCCACGGAUGAUGAGAAAGAACUGGAGGAGGAAAAAACGGCAUCGGAGGAAAAUGACGAUCGGGGGAGUAGCCAGGAAAAUCAAGCUUCUGAUGCAGAACAAUCCGAUCAGGAUCAGCCGAGUGGGGAAGAAUCAUCCAAGGAAGAGGAAGAAACCCGAAGUCACAACCGAAGCGUCUCGCGAUCGGCGACGGCUUCUCCUGUCGAUGGGGAGAAGGAAUCUCGAUCAUCGGAUCAAAGGAAAGGGGAUGGUCACAAAUCGGGAAGCGAAGACGACGUUGUUUGUCAAAAUGAUUUAGAACUGAAUACGAUUUCGCUGCUAACGGAUGAGGAAGAUGACAAUACUACUCCCUUACCUCCCCCGAAGAAGGAGCUCCCGGUGGUGCGGAUAGUGAACAUCAAAAAGGAACUUCUGGAUACCCGAUUUGUUAAGCGGGAACCAGGACUACAUAAGCCGCAGUCGGCGACGAGCUAUCAGCAACAGCAUUAUCUCAAACAGCAGCAGCAGAUGGCGCAGAGGAAGGAAGAAAAACAAAAGAAGAAGCAGAAGAAACAACGGAUAUUCGACAAUAACGACCCUUUCGGAGCCUGGUCCAGCUCUUCCAGCGAGGAUGAGUUCAUUCCAAACGACAUUUACUUCGGCACGCCGGAUCGGGUGUUUACAGCGAGCACCAAAAUUCGCUGCCAACGACAAAAGAUGGCCAAUGAACGGUACUCGAAGUAUACCGGCGGAAAAUCCGGCAAACGGCACUAUACGGAUGAUUCGGACGUCGAAGAACGACGCAAACGGAAGCAAAAAAUGGAGCAAAUUGCGCGGUUAAAUUUGCCCGCCUAUCAACAAGCACAACUGCAGAGUCUGGUCAAGAAGAAGAACAAAAAGAAACACGGACGGUUCUACGAUAAAUCGCAGGACAUUCCGAACGAUAUCUAUUUUGGAAACGUUAACGUGCCGCUUCACGUACUAUAUGCCUUUGGAAGCAGCUCCUCGGAUGACGAGCGAGCGGAUCAAAAUCGACCUAAUACAUCAUGGAGACCGCCACAAGCUGCGCCCGUCAAGCAUGGUAAAUACCAAACAACCAGUAAAUCAUACAAGACCACAUCCUCUUCAAGUUACAGUAAGUCCACAGUUAGUCCCAGUAAUGAUCGCUCUGUGCAAGCCAUGAAAGAGUAUCUGAAAAUUGCCGGUUUUAAAAAUGUCAAGUUUCACAAACUGUGGGAAGGUUGCAAAUCAAACCAGGAACGAGCAAACGCGAUCCUGCGCCUUAUGCAAGAGAAGGGUCUCGAAGGAGAACCAACGAUUGCGAAAUGUCGCGAGCUGCGCAAGCAGCUGCAAAUGGAACGCGAAGCAAAAGUACUGGACACAAGCUUGAUCAUCGAUGGCGGUGAAGGUCGUAUAACGCGACGAAGUGCACGACAACCGCAAAACCAGAACUCCAGUGAUCCUUCCGAUCCGAACGCACCUUCCACGUCCGGACUUUCGCAGGCACCGGUCGUUCCGCCCGAAAGUUUAGAGACGUUAAACCGCAUUCGCAAUGUGAUCGAUCCGGACUCGGAUGGAGAGUAAAAUCAGUUUUGUACAUAGUCCAACCAAUCGUGUACGGAAAGUCGUCUACAGGUGGCCAUAAAGUGUAUUUUGGUUCUAGGUUUACUAAUCAUAUGGUGGAAUUUCCAAACAAUUUCGUAACAUAGACAUUUUUUCUAUAUAAUUUUUCAUUGUUCGACCACAGAAUAUCGCUAUAUUUUAUACAAAAAGAUUAAUAGAUUUUAUAUUUUCUGAAAGAAAAUGCUUCUCUGAGGAAUAAAGUUUAUUUUACACUCGCUUCCUUCGUUUCUAAUGAAAAAAGUAAAAGUUUAGUACUAAUAUUAAUAAUUCAUUUCGACAAAACAACAUUUACGCGUAUAUAACGCGCACAGCUGUGUAUAAAACUAAUACUAACUUGCAAGAAUGUGAAUGCUUAGAACCCAUUAAAAUCAAAAGUCACUCUCCCUAGAUUAUCUACAAUCAUACUAUAAUAUAAUAGUCAGAUAAGAUUAAUUUCAGUUUUGUACAUUAGUAAAAAAUAGUAUGUUAGAAUGUAAAAUCUCCAAUAAAG